GUGGACGCAUUCAAUUAUGGCAAAAUACCCGACUGUGAUGGUUACUUUCUAACUCACUUUCACUCUGAUCACUAUGGAGGGCUUCGAACCAGAUGGUCCCAUGGUCCCAUUUACUGUUCUCAGAUAACAGCUAAUCUUGUACGACAAGAACUGCGUGUGGAUUCACGUUUUGUUCAUCCGCUCCCCAUGAAUGAGCUAUACCCUAUUCCUGGCUCAAAUGUAACCGUAGCAUUAAUCGAUGCCAAUCACUGCCCAGGAUCCGUUUUGUUUUUAUUUAUUGUAGAACGGCCCAACAAGACGGUAGUACGACAUUUGCAUACAGGAGAUUUUAGGGCUGCACCACGCAUGUGUUUGCAUCCACUCUUACGUCAGCCUGAUAAUCCACCGAUACAAUGCCUAUACCUCGAUACUACCUAUCUUAAUCCUCAGUAUGCUUUCCCUGCUCAAGAAGAAUGUAUACAGGCUGUUUGUGAUACUGUCCAAAAGGAGAUCAUGGAACAGAGCAAGAAGAAGGAAAACACGCUGAGUAAAUGGUUUACAUGCAAGACACAGGUAGAUAAGCGAAUGUUGAUCGUAGUAGGAGCUUAUACUGUUGGAAAAGAAAGAGUGUUUAUCAACGUAGCGAAAAUGCUAAAAUGCAAAAUAUACGCAAAUGAAAAGAAGGCCAAGAUAUUACAUUGCUUAGAAGAUGAAGAAUUGAGAUCUAUGCUGACAGAAGAUCCUAAAGAAGCACAGGUUCAUGUUGUGUCUCUUCGUGACAUUCGAGCAGAUAUGAUGGCUAACUAUCUAUGGGACCUUCGAACACAUUUUGAUUCAUUGCUUGCAUUCAAACCAACAGGUUGGACAUAUAAAUCAACAGCCAGUGAAACAGUAGACAUGAAUUUUGCAGCAUUAUCCCAAGUCAUUAUGCCACCUUCCAAUCGAAUAUUGAGCUUAUCUCCUAAUUAUGAAUCAACUAAUAUCAAGAUCUAUGCUGUACCUUAUUCUGAGCACUCCAGCUUUAGAGAGCUGGCAUCAUUUAUUGCCAGUUUAGAUAUUCAGCAGAUUAUACCCACUGUAAAUAUUUCACAAAAAGAUAAGUUAUUUUAUUUUAUAGAUAAAUGGCAACAAGAAAAGACAACAAAGCGUAUUGAAGUAGUUGCUUACCCGAAUGAGAAUUAUUGGUAA